AUGGCUUGUACACACGAAAUUGCCACAACGUCGUUUGCAGUUGUACCCCUUCCCGAUCGUGUUGUGGAAUCCGUUUUGACACCAUCAUGCGAUGCCGAAAAGAUUGUUCUUCAACUAAAAGAAAAUUUGCAGCCUAGCCAAGUUGAUUUUGAACAACCGUGCUCGGAGACCAGGGUGAUGAUCCGUAGUCUGGCAAGGAAAGCCAUAGCUUCAAAUAGGCGGGACGUCUUCCACCAUCUCAGAAAGAUUACACCAGCCGGAACCACUGGUCCUCUGUUGGCAGAAAACCUUCAGGUCCGAGAAAUUCCAGAUUCAAUAGGAAGAAAGCUUACAAUGAACUUGUCUGGUCGUGAUGACUGGAAGUUGCUUGCCGAAGCACUGCGUUUGACUCCAGGAGAGGUUCAGUUCUUUGACCAGCGUACUUUGAACCCGGUUCUAGAAGUUCUUGUUUAUGUUAGCAAGCAGCGCAGCUUAAGCGUGGGUGAACUCUACGAUUUGCUAAAUGAAAAUGGAUUCCAUGCUUUGGCUGACUUUCUAUGAGAAAACUCAAUUCUAGCAAAUGUUAGUCUUAACUCGAUUUUUGAGAUAGUUAUUGAAAGUAUAAUUUAGAAAAUUGGAAACUUUUGCUGGGCUCUACCAAUUUGCAUGUUAUGUUUAAAGGUGUAGAGUCUUUGUUAAAAUGAAGAAAGGGUAAUUGGGCCCAUUUGCUGCACGAGGAUGCUGGCGAGGAUCGCGUAGCUAUAACGUAUCACAUUCUGUAUGGUGAGAUGUUUGUAGCUAAUGAAUUUGAAUAAGAAUUUGAUGCAAGGCUGUUGUUUAUUUUACCAAUAGCCUCUCUACAAUAGUAAAGGGCAUCUGGCCGAUCCGAAAUUUCGCUUUUGUUAUCAUUUAUGGUCUGCAUUUAUGGUCUAUCUUUAUUGGUCUUUUAUAAAUUUUAUAUUAUAUAGUUGGAAUCGGCAUUUGCAUUGGCACAUGAUUGAAAAGCGCGGUAAUCAGUUCUCCUGCAAAUAUAUGCUUAUUUUUAUAAUGAAAAACAGACAGACUGCCAUGUUACAUGACCUGCCAAUUCUACCUAGCAUUAGUGUUAAAAAUUUAAUCCUGGUCCCAGACUCGGUAUAUCUUAGCGUUCAGCUAAAGUGUGCUUAAUUUUAGUGAAAUUCUGUGAAGUGCAGGUACUUCCCUUCGAUAAAUUUACCCAGCUAGUUCUUUCCGAAUGUUGUGAGUUAUUCUGAUGUCGUGAAUAAGGCGUUUGAACUUUCGAACGCUACCUGAGUUCUACAGCUAAUACCGUUGCUACAAAACAACAAAUCAGUUUUCACAAACCAGACUGAGUUUCCAUGUUCCACUGACGAACCACUCCUAUCACUCAUCUCUUAUAAAGACGUGCGUCGGAGGUUCAUGUUGUGGAAUAGUGAGUUAGUACUGUAACGAUAGAUUUUAAGUUAUCGAGUUUUUAGACUAGCGCUAAUAUAUAUACAUAUAAUUCAACGUAGAAACUGCGAGAUUUUGCUAAGCUCAGCAGAGCGUAAAUGCUACCAGUUCCCAUUCAGUCAGCCGUACACAGUUGUUAUCGGAUCAUAACUG